ACAAACAGUUUCUCGCUCUAAACCCUCAAAGUUGCUCUAUCUCUCUCUUCUCCUUUUUCACAGCCAUUUAUUAGAUUCCUCUCUCACAAUUAGUCUCUUCUCUUUUCUAUUGGAUUGUUGUAUUAGACUGAUAGCUCAAGGAACCCCAAAAAAAAAAAAAAAGAUAAACAAAGGAUAAAAAAAAUUAUCUUCUUGAAAUUGUUCUCUUUCUUGGUUUGAUUUUGUCAAUUUUCAUAAACUCAGUUUUUAAGAUUUUGUAUUUCUGUAAUUUCUAGAAGUUGCUCAUAGGAAAUUUUCUGGGUUUUUUCUUGGCUUCAAUUUGCAGAAAAAAAAAAUUCUGGGUUUUUUCCUUAGCAGAGAGAAGGUUCUUAAAACUUGUUUGUUGUAUAUUCCAAUUAUAGCUGAAUAUUAAACACAAUUUAUAAACUUAAAUUUCUUUCCAAAAAAAUCUCUUCUUUAAGUCUAUAAAAAUUGCAACUUUCCUCUGAAAAUUAUAUUUUCAUUUUUUUGAAAAAAACAAAACAAAAAAGAGAGAGAUAGAGAGAUUAUGGGGAAGCAAGGACCUUGCUACCACUGUGGAGUUACAAACACACCUUUGUGGCGAAAUGGACCACCAGAGAAGCCUGUAUUGUGCAAUGCGUGUGGAUCGCGUUGGAGAACAAAGGGAACACUUGUGAACUAUACACCGCUUCAUGCUCGUGCUGAUGGUGAUGAGAAUGAUGAUCAGCACAGGUUUCAAAGAAUGAAGAGCAUUUCUGUAAGCUAUAAGAACAAAGAGACAAAGAUGCUCAAGAGGAAAGCAAUUCAAGAAAACAUCAUCAUGAAAAGACCGGUCUUGGAAUUCAAUUAUGGUUUGAAGAAGGCUGUGAUAGAGGAGGAUGCCAGUAAUAGAUCAAGUUCUGGUUCGGCUGUAUCAAACUCUGAGAGCUGUGCACAGUUUAGUAGUGCAGAUGGGAGUGAGUUAUCAGGUCCAUCUCAAUCUAAUGCGUGGGACACAACUGUUCCUUGCAAGAGGAGGACGUGUGUGGGCCGUCCAAAGUCCUCUUCUGUUGAAAAGCUCACAAAGGACCUUUACAAUAUUUUACAAGAGCAGCAAUCUUCGUGUCUCUCAGUUUCAUCAGAGGAAGAUCUUCUUUUUGAGAAUGAAAUGACAAUGGUCUCUGUUGAGAUUGGACAUGGGAGUGUUCUGAUGAAGAAUCCCCAUUCGUUUUCUCGGGAAGAGGAGUCUGAAGCCAGCUCGCUCUCUUCGAUUGAGAAUAAGUCUUCCAUCAGUGAGGCAUACUCACAUUCUGUGAAGCGUGUUGAGAUUGGAGCAGAGAGAGGUUCAUACUAUGGUGGACAAACAAUAAAGCAAGAACAAUUCAAUAGAAACAAGUCUCAAACUGAAAGAGUGCAUGUCCUGGGGAGCCAUGGUUCACCACUCUGUAGCAUAGAUUUGAAGGAUGUUUUCAACUUUAAUGAGUUCAUAGAACAAUUCACAGAGGAAGAACAGAAGAAACUGAUGAAAUUGCUUCCUCAGAUUGACUCUGAUGACCUUCCUGAUAGCCUCAGAAUUAUGUUCGAAAGUGCUCAGUUCAAGGACAACUUCUCUUUGUUUCAGCAGCUCAUUGCUGAUGGUGUCUUUGAUGUCUCUUCUUCCUCUGGGGCAAAACUCGAAGACAUCAGGACUUUUAAGAAGCUUGCUUUGGCAGAUUUCAACAAAUCUCGUUUGGUGGAAAGCUAUAACCUCCUCAAGGAACGAGAAAAAGGGACCGGAGAUUCUGUUACUACAACUUCAAAAAGCUCAAUCCCAAAUGUACCUAAAAAUAUUGUAACCAUUAAGAGGCGCUGUGAAGACCAAACCCAAUUAAAGUCAGAGUCAAGGGGGCUAAUGAGGAGCCCCAAAAGGGUGAUGAAGAUGAAAGCAAGCCAUGAAAGCAAAGUUAUGACAGAGAACAAUGUCUCAUGCUUCAGACCAAGAAGCUUGGCUUCUGUGUUUGCACAAGAAGGUGGCUCUGCAGUGUUUGGCUAUGAAGGUAAUUGCAGUUCUGAUCAAGAUCUCCUUCUUCUGGACUUGCCGUCAAAUGGGUCAUUUCCUCAAGCAGAGCUGCUUCACCAACUCUGAGAGGUCAAAGCUUCAGCCCUCAUUGAGCUUCUCAGAGUUUAAAAGAAGGAUUUUUAAGCUCUAUAUCUUAUCUUGAUUGAUCGAGAAUGACGAGAGAGACUCUUAGGCUUUCUGAGAAAACGACCAAAUGAGGUUUCUGCUUUAGGAAUUGGAAUUUGCAGACAUAAGAAAAAAGGAAGGAUUUUUAUUUGAGUCUUGCUUGGGCUUCUCUUUGGUGGUUAAGUUUAUAAAGGUGGGUCUUAUAAUAUACAUAUAUACAUAAAGCCUCUUCUCUUACCUCUCUUUCAGUGACCCUUUUAAACUUAAGUUCCAUUUUUUUGGUUUCUUUUCUUUGGACCUUUUUAGUUUCUGCUUCUUUUUUCUUUUUCUUUUUUUGUAUAGGAUGAAAAGAUACUGUAAUAUCAUGUAAACUUCCCCAAAUGCAGAAAAUGGAGUAAUUGAGUACUUUAUUAGAUUU